UGCUGUUGCUAUGCCAGCGAUUGAAACGCCGACGCCAUGCUGUCACCGGCUGUGAACGGUGAAUGGAUGAAGUCGAGGAGGCGACGGAGGCUCUUUUGGCCUGGGGCCAGCAGGCUUUAGCUGCUAAGCCUGGUGCCAGCGAGGCCAGCGAGGCCAGCGAGCUGAAGAUACUCCAUCAGGAGGUCGAGGAGCUUGAGGCGCAAGUGGCCCUCUUUGGGGAACGCCAAGUGCGGGAGUGUCGCCUCAGUGCCAAGUGCGAGGCGCAUGUCGUUGAAGCGCAGAUGGAGGCAGAAGUGCAGCAAGAGCGAGAGGAGCUUCGACGGAUGGAAGACCAGGUGGCCCAGUCUGAACAGGCUUUGCGACGCUGCGACCGUCGGAGGACGGAAACCGCGAAGUUCCUGAAACGAGCUCCGGAGCUCCCAGAUGCAAAGACCCAUCUGGAGGAGGAAAAGCUGCAGGAAAGCGAACAGCAACUGGGACUUGGACAAGUCUAA